AUGGAGGUGCACCUCGGCAAGUUCGAGCUUGACACCCUCGAGGAGGACCGGCUGGUCACGCUUAAGCUCGACGCGGUGCACAAAACGGCCAGGAAGGCAGAGAGCGACUUCUACAUAUUACAAGGCUUACGCGCGUCUGUCGUACGCUUCUACCUUGAGAGCGCAGACGUGCCUGCUGACUCCGCGCAGGUGCUCAUCCAGCUAACGCACCAUGGUGACUCAACAUUUUGUAACGAGUACGACAUGCCUAUUAGGUUUAACCACGAGAACAUUAACUUUGACUUCAAGUACAAUGCUUGUAUACGCGAGAUACUCAUGGAUGGUGAUCUUAAGGCGAAGGUUUGCUUAGAGCAUGACUUGAAGCUUGCCCUGCCGAGUCCCUUUGGUACCUGGACCGUGGGCAUCUCCAAGGACUGGAACUCGGACGAGCUGUAUCUCUCUGGUAUAACGGACGCCUGGUUCGAAUUCCCAGGGUGGACGCGGGAAUUCAGCGCGUAG